AUGGCUCAAGACGACAUUGAACUGGGCCUCAUUAAGGACAAGCCCGCCGAAUGGGCUCCGGAAACAGGUUCGUCGGAAAAACACAUCCACCGCCCGCCAUGGAACCUCAAGUUGUUCGUGCUGGUUGUCCUCCAGCUGACCACCACGGCAGUCGUGAUUCUGCACUUUAGCGAGCUGGAGACUCAGAGUCCGCUCGGACUGGCCGCGCUCAUCUGUGUGUGUCUCUCGGGCCUCAGCCAGGGCAUCACCCAGGCGUUUAUCACGCGUCGACCCAACUACUCACAGCUCUUCAAGUUCUACGUGUGGGGAGUCAUCAACGGCGUCACCACAAAGAUGUGGACCGACAUGCUCAUCGCCAAGGUGCCAGUCACCAUUCUCAGAGUCGUCAUCGACCAGCUGUGCGGAAACCCGGGCUUCCAGCUCAUGUUUUUGUCGCUAUCAGCUUACUGGGAUGCCACGUCCAUCUCUGCAACUUUGCAUGAAUCCUUCUGGAAGACACUCAAAAGCAGCUGGCUCAUCUGGCCUAUCUUCUCAAUGGUAGCCUUCUUUGUGCUUCCCCAAAACCUCAUUGUUCCUUGCAACUGUGUCGUGAACCUGACAUGGUGCGUCAUUCUGGGACUCAUCACUCAAUAA